UAAAGAUAAACAAUGCUGUCUUUGACCGAUCCUGCAGCGGGCGGAAUUCCCGACAAGGCCUGGCAACCGCAUUUCGUGACAUUGGAGACCAGCAUGGGUGAAAUAACCGUGGAACUAUACUGGAAACAUGCACCCAACACGUGCCGGAACUUUGCCGAGCUCUCCCGGCGAGGGUACUACAACAACGUGGUCUUCCACAGAAUCAUAAGGGAUUUCAUGAUUCAAGGCGGAGACCCUACAGGAACGGGCCGCGGAGGAACCUCCAUAUACGGAGCAGAAUUUGGCGACGAGCUCCACGGCGAUCUGAAGCAUACCGGCGCUGGAAUUCUGUCGAUGGCCAAUUCCGGACCCGACACAAAUGGAUCGCAAUUCUUCAUUACAUUGGCGCCGACCCAGUGGCUCGACGGCAAGCACACGAUCUUUGGAAGAGUGUACACCGGCAUGGAGGUGGUCAAACGGAUAGGAAUGGUUGAGACUGACAAGAACGACCGACCCGUGGAUCCACUACGCAUUGUCAAGGCAAAGGUGGACAAGCUGUGAGGAUUUCCUAAAUGUAGAGAAAUACUCUUUUUAAAUAUAAUUUCUAUAUCGAACUUUAA